GGAUCAAUUAAGAUUUAUCAAUAGAUUAAGGGUAUCAUGGCUGUGGUGUUACGUAGAAUUUCAACAUUUUCAAAGAAACAUCCAGUGUUAAGAGGAAUGAUGACGUACGCUGUGCUCUGGCCGUCGUCAAAUAUUUGCCAACAAUUCAUCCAAGGUCGUGAAGAGACGAACAUUUCAGAGUCUGCACGAUUUUGUGUGUUUGGGACCCUCUAUGUCGCACCAACGUUGUACUUGUGGGUAAAGAUAUCGUCUUAUAUGUUCCCAGGUCAAUCUUUAAAAAUCGCAGUUAAGAAGGUUGCUUGUGAACAAUUCAUGUACAGCCCAUUUGCUAUCUCUUCGUUUUACAUUGGGAUGAGUCUAUUAGAAGGAAAGACUUGGGACGGUGCUGUGGACGAGUUGAAGAGUAAAUUUGUCCAAACAUAUAAGACGGGACUUUUAUUCUGGCCGGCAGUACAAACGAUAAACUUCGCCUACGUCCCUCAGCGUAAUCGAGUUUCAGUUACGGGCGUUGCGAGCUUCUUCUGGACAAUCUUCUUGUCAUACAUGAAACAUAAAAAUGGGCCGGUUUAGUUGCAAAUUCAACCAUCGUGAUAUUGAUAUAUAGCUUUAACAUUUGUAGUACGUUAAAAUUCAAUUCGUAUACCAUCGCCAUGAUGCCCUCACUUUUGACUCACUAUUGCAGGCAUAAGAAUACUAUGAAAUUGUGCUAAGAAAGAAUUGUAAAAUGACCAAAUUUUAGUAAUAAAACCAAAACUAGGACAAAAUGGCUAGUUUUCAA